ACUUGUGGGAAUUCACUUUGAAGGAGUACAGACUGGAAUAUCUGAUGGUGAUGGGUGUGCAGGGGCUGUCUGUGUCUAAACCUACUAACAGUAAGUUAGAGCUAUUUGUUAGCAUGCUUUUAAAAAGUGGUCUGCAGGCCACUCGGGCUUUGAUGGUGGCUGCUAUACUCCUGGGCCUUGUUGCCAUAUUUGUUGCUGUGACUGGCAUGAAAUGUAUGAAGUGCAUGGAAGACGACCAGGUGAAGAAGAUGCGGAUGGCUGUCUUCGGUGGAGUGAUCUUCAUCACUGCAGGUUUGGCAGCGCUGGUGGCCACAUCAUGGUAUGGCAACAGAGUGGCACGGGCCUUUUAUGACCCUUUCACCCCCAUCAACACCAGAUUUGAGUUUGGAUCAGCUCUCUUCAUUGGCUGGGCAGCUGCUUCUCUGGCCAUUCUAGGAGGAGCCUUCCUCUGCUGCUCCUGUCCACGGAGAGAAACUUCAUAUCCACCCACCCGAGGCUAUCCAAAAAAUGCCCCCUCCACAGGGAAGGAUUAUGUAUAAUGAAACAAAGAAGAGGAGCCACCAGCACUGGUAGUGAAAGCAUUUUGGAGAGGACACUACAAUGCCACUGUCCUGAGCAGAGUUCAGACUCUAGGUUCUGCCUUCCUCUUCUCCCAAAAAUGUGUAUAUUUUUGUAAUCCUCUUUGCUACUGGACAUAACUUUUCCUUUCUCUCCCAGCCCAUGGAGGAAGGCUAGCCUAGGUUCAUAGGUAUUGCCACUGGAAAGAUGAAACCUCCAAGCUUGGGUUAAGUUUAGUAUUUGGGAGUAAAAGGGAAAAUGAUACUGUUUUUUUAGAUGGAUGUUGGUGCUUUUUUAGUUGUUUUGUUUUUGUUUUUUUUUUUAAAAAAAAAUAGAUGGUAACAAUUCAGUCCCAUAUCCCAUUAAGUUAGAGCCCAGUGUGGUGUGUGUAGAAAUUAAAGGAACAUAUAUUAUAUACAAAGUGAUGAAACCAAUAGCUUAAGGGGAAACAUAUUUUUAGGGGAAAGACUUUACAUGUAGGAAUGAUUGAAGAGAUCUAAAAUGCUCUUGUACUGUCUUAUUGGCAUCAUCUUCAGCACCCUCCUUUCUGUGCAGAUUGGCAUGGCAAAGGGUCAGACACAAUUCAAUUGCUGU